GUAGGGUCAAAGUUGAAAAUGCUCACAAGCUACCUAAUGCGCAUGCGCCACUGUUCCUGCGGUUUCGAAUGGCUAUCUGGCUACCGAACAUUAGCUAGGUUAGAAUAAAGCGGCUAUUUCAACACAAAACGGAAGGAAAUCGCAAAAAACACAGGCCAGCGUUUUCGCCCCAGUCCGUGCACUGCUCCCCCGAAGUGCUGCCUUUCCGAGGAGUUUUCAGUCGUUUCCAAAAACCGUGCAAAAUGCCAGCCGCGCUCGCGGAUACCAGUCAGAUUAUCUGCGAGGUCUGGGCCAGCAACGUGGAGGAGGAAAUGAGGAAAAUCCGGCAAAUUAUCCAGAGUUAUAAUUACAUCGCAAUGGACACAGAAUUCCCCGGCGUGGUGGUCAGACCCAUCGGGGAGUUCCGCAGCACGGUGGACUAUCAGUACCAGCUCCUGCGCUGCAAUGUGGACCUGCUGAAGAUCAUCCAGCUCGGACUGACGUUCAUGAACGAGGAUGGCGACUACCCCCCUGGAACAACCACCUGGCAGUUCAACUUCAAAUUUAAUCUCACAGAGGAUAUGUACUCUCAGGACUCCAUAGAUCUUCUUCAGAAUUCUGGACUGCAGUUCAAAAAGCAUGAAGAAGAAGGAAUCGAUACGCUUUACUUCGCAGAGCUCCUGAUGACCUCCGGUUUGGUGCUGUGUGAAAAUGUCAAGUGGCUCUCCUUCCACAGUGGGUAUGAUUUUGGAUACCUGGUGAAGCUCCUCACAGACUCCCGACUUCCUGAAGAGGAGCACGAGUUCUUUCAGAUCCUCAACCUCUUCUUUCCUGCCAUUUACGAUGUGAAGUACCUCAUGAAGAGCUGCAAGAACCUGAAGGGGGGGCUCCAGGAGGUGGCUGACCAGCUGGAGCUGAAGCGGAUUGGUCGGCAGCACCAGGCAGGCUCCGACUCUCUGCUCACAGGCAUGGCCUUCUUCAGGAUGAAGGAGCUGUUUUUUGAAGACAACAUCGACGACGCAAAGUACUGCGGGCGACUGUACGGCCUGGGGUCCGGCUCUUCCCAAAACCAGAACGGCAUUUCCUCCUCGUCCCAGGAGGAGACCAACAACAAGCACUGACCAGCACAGCCCCGCGGCACCAAGCAGACCAUUGGCUUGUUUUAUCCCACCCCACCCCCUUCCUGAAGGCAGACACGCAUUUCUGUGAGAUGCCACAGUUGUGAAAGGACAUUGGUCUUGAGGGACUAAAACGCUUCAGAACCCAUUCAGUUCAGUUCCCACAAUCCCCUGCUGAACCUUUCUAGCUUGCAUUAUGAUGGUAUUUGGAUCAUUUUAUCUUUUUUUGUUUUACAGCAUUAUUACAGUUUGGAAUCCAGUCUUUUAAAGUAAGGGACCAGCGCUUGUGUUGCUCACGGCUGCUGAGACUGAGCAUUUCAGUGGGAUCAACCGCAAUCACUUCUCACAAUUCCUACAUUGCUUGAACCGGUCUUUUGACCAGUUUGUGUUUCAAGAUCUCUUGCAGAUGUUUUGAAUCGGAUCACUGUUUGAUACGUGUUUGUAGGAAUUGUGAUUUUAAAUUAUGCUGGAAAGGUAUGUAUAUUAAAAUGUAAAAUUUCAAAGAGCCUGAUAUGUUUUACCAUUUUUCCUCUAGUGGAAUGAAAAAUUUUAGUCACAAACCUUGCUGGUCUUGUGGUAGGGAUAGGGAUACAUCAAAGUUCUUUGUAAGUUGUACUUAAGUUAUUCGCAGCUACGUUUAAUAGAUGUUUGCGAUUUCUAUUUUUUUUUAAUCUCACAUUGUUUUUAACAAUUGUAUAUUAAAAUGUUUUCUAUCUGCUGAA